AUGCCCAUUGGCAUGUCGUCCCAUGCAUUAGUAUUUGGAAAGGCAUGCCACCUCCCAUUAGAACUUGAGCACAAGGCUAUAUGCGCCCUGAAGAAGUUAAAUUUAGACCUGAGAAAAGCCGGAGAUGCCAAAAAGCUUCAACUAAACGAGUUAACUAAAUGGCACUUGACCACAUACGAAAAUGCCAAGCUGUACAAAGAGCGGGCCAAACAACGGCAUGACAGCAAGAUCAGAAAGUCUCACUUACACGAAGUUUUCCCCUACGGGGUUAUAGAGUUGAUGAAUGAGGAUGACAACAACGUGUUCAGAGUCAAUGGUCAAUGCCUGAAGCCUUACCAUGGAGGCUUGAUCGAUUGCAUUAAGGAGACCAUUGACUUAGAUGGGCAAGCCUGA